AUGUCUCUCAAGCCUCUCGCCCUCUGGACCCUCCGGGGCCACGCCGGCACGCCGAACCCGUGGAAGGUUCUCAUGAUCCUUGAAGAGCUCAAGCUUCCCUACGAGACUAAAUCGGUCGAUGUUGACGACCUAAAGAAGGAACCCUACGAGUCUAUCAAUCCCAACGGUCGUGUUCCCACUCUCGAAGAUCCGAAUACCGGAACCACUAUCUGGGAAUCUGGCGCCAUCCUCGAAUACCUAGUGGACACAUACGACAAGCAACGUACCAUUAGCUUCGCCGCUACCUCGAAGGAGUACUAUGAAAGCAAGCAGUGGCUUCACUACCAGAUGUCCGGACAGGGUCCGUACUUCGGGCAGGCUACCUGGUUUACGGUCUACCACCCCGAGAAGGUGCCCAGUGCGGUCGAGCGCUAUGUUAACGAGAUUCGUCGUGUUUCGGGGGUGCUCAAUCAAUCACUCCAGAACAGGGAGUACCUCGUCGGCAGGUACAGCUAUGUUGACGCUGCUUUUGUGCCAUGGUUCGAGGUUGCUGCGCUCUUUUGGUCGAAGGAAAUGGAUCUCGGGCAGAACUUCCCACAUGUUCACGCCUGGUUGCACCGUAUCAAGGCUCGGCCAGCUAUUGCUAAGACUAUUGAUGAUAAGGAGAUGGCUGCAGCUGCAGCUGCGGCUAAAGCGAAAUAA